CGCGCGACCAUUUGCGACUCGCGACCAAAAAGCGACCGAAGGCGACUGAUGUUCACACCGGCAAGCCCGGCUGAGCGCGACCCGCAAGUCGCAAUCCCGGAGAUUAUCGUUCUCAGCGAGAACUCUCGGAAUCUACGCAGUUCGCACGCGAUCCUCCGUUCGCGCGCUCUUCGCUCGUCUGCUGCCAUCUCCUCAGUUCGCGCGCUCUUCGAUCGUCUGCUGCCAUCAGUCAUGGAUUUUGACACGAGCGAAGAGGAAGACGUCGUCAGUGUGCUGAUGUGCUCAGCCGUGAUGUCAGCCCUGGCAGCGCGGAAGCCUCCGAAAAAAAAGCGACGCUGGUGGGUGCGCCCGUGCCUCCGUUCCCGAGAUGUGGCCGGUCACGCAAGCCGCCUCCUGCCCGAACUCCGCGCGCAUGACGAGGAGUAUUAUCGAGACUUCCUUCGAAUGCCGCCCAGCACAUUCGACGCGUUGCUGGAAUUGCUGCGCCCCAGCAUCACGAAGGAAAACACCAACUACAGGCCUGCAGUCUCGGCUCAUGAUCGCCUAGCCAUGACCGUCAGGUUCUUGGCUACAGGAGAAACACAGCGGGACAUGUCAUACAACUUCCUGGUGGCCAGGUCGACUAUAUGCGGCAUUGUCUCAUCGGUGUCCGAGGCUCUGUGGACGGUGUUGAAGCCACUCUAUCUUCAGCAUCCGCAAGGCGCUGAUGAAUGGCUCAAGGUAUCCGCAGAGUUUGUGGAGCGGUGGAACAUGCCACACUGCGUCGGGGCCAUUGACGGGAAACACGUGAUCGUCGAGUGCCCCGCGAAUUCUGGAACCCUUGACCACAACUACAAGGGUUCCUUCAGCAAAUCGCUCCUUGCUGUCUGCGAUGCACAAUACAGGUUCCUGUACGUGGAAAUUGGCCACAGCGGCAGCGAGAGUGACGGCGGCAUUUUUUCGAGGUCCACCCUGCAGAAAGAGAUUGCCGGAGGGACACUAGGGCUGCCACCGCCAAGACAUGUUGGGAGUGAGGGGCUUCUCCCUUACUUCGUUGGUGGCGAUGAGGCCUUCCCGCUGAAGGAGUACAUGAUGCGGCCAUACCCAAGACGGACACUGCAUGAAGACUCAUGCGAGAUACACAAGCGGCGAGUGUUCAACUACCGCUUGAGCAGGGCCCGGCGAGUCAUUCAAAACGCCUUUGGGAUCCUGGCACAACGGUGGAGAAUUCUGCGGCGACCGUUUAAAGCGAAAACCGACAACAUAAUUAGAUAUGUGGGAGCCUGUAUAGUGCUGCACAAUUUUUUGAUGAAGCAGUCGGCAGCCUCUUCUGCUGCAUACUGCCCGCCAGGUUCUGCCGACAGCGAGGACUGGGAAGGACGACUUUCUCCUGGCAGCUGGAGGCAGGAGGAAUCAGCCGGUGGUAUCCUCUUGCCAUCAAAGUCUUCUGGGUGUCACGCUGCUCGGUAUGCAAAAGAAGUUCGGGACAAGCUGGCACACCACUUCGUCACAGCCGGCCAAGUUCCCUGGCAAGAUAAAGUGGUCUCCAGUACUUGAACUGCACAAGGUGC